UUAGACAGCGCUUAGUAGAUAGAUUCAUGUCCACCGACAAUACAGAAAGUCUGCAUCUUUGGGCGUAUAAUACCCGACCAGUAGGAGCACACUGGUUGCUGCUUGCUAUCAACCCUAUAAGGGAAGUCGUGUAUUAUCUGAAUUCGGUAAAUGGUGAAUGGACCAAUUAUCAGGCCAUGAAGGACAUCGUUGAUUUAUCAAUACAAGUGUUCCGAAGUCAACGGGACGCACAGGUAUCCCGAACUAAAUCUAACAACAUUACUUGGAUCCAAGUGCAGUGUCCGCAACAGCGAAACAGUUACGAUUGCGGAUACUUUGUUUUGAGGUAUAUGAAAGAAAUCCUUCAGGCGAAUCAAUUAGAGAUUCCGCUCACGUACCUUGACGAAUUCCGUGCUACUGCGUACCCGAAGCUUAAGUUGGAAGAAAUCAAAGAAGAUUUGUGUCAAUUUUAUAUUAAGCGCUUUUUCAUGUAGGAUUUGUGUCGAU